AUGAGCCAAAGGCAAGCACAAGACUUUUCCAUGAAAGAGUAUGAUGUAAUAGUCAAUGAAAGGAAGAUAUACAGGGCUAUGGUAAAGGCAAAAGAAAGAAUUAAAGGGUCAGAAAUAGCUUAUUAUGCACUUCUUAGGGACUAUUCCAAUGAAGUUAUAAGGACCAACCCUGGUUCUAUUGUAAGGGUCAGCACUGAUUAUGUUGAAGGGACUGGACAUAAAUUCAAAAGGAUAUACAUAUGUUUAGAAGGUUGUAAAAAGGGAUUUUCAGUUGACUGCCGGCCUUUCAUAGGGUUAGAUGGUACUUUUCUAAAGAAAAUAUUGGAGGAUACAGAACUGAAAAUGGCAAUGUGGAGAUGUGCCAUGGCCACAACCUCUCAAGAGUUCACUAUUGUCAUUGAUAGGAUAACACUGAUUAAUCCCCAUGCUUGGGAGCAUGCAUGUGUUGCCCUUUCAUACCAGAAUAGGAAACCAGAGGAACAUUCACAUAACUGGCUCUCUAUGGGGGCAUAUAAUAGCAAAUACCAGUUUGUUAUCCACCCUGUUCUAAGUCAAGAAUACUGGCAGCAUAUUGAUCUACCUCCUAUAUUACCCCCAAUAUACAAGAAGCAAAUUGGGAGACCAAAGUUGAAAAGAGACAAAAAGAACGACAGACCAAAAGAAUCCACCCCAAAUCUUCAUAGGGCUCCCAAAAAAUAUGGCCCCAUCAUCUGCAAGUAUUGUCUAAAGACUAGACACAACAGUCGUAGCUGUUCCAAGAAGAAUGAGACAAUGGCUGGGAGUGCUGGAGAACAAACUUCAAGUCAACACCCUUCUACUGGUGGGGCUACUGUGGAUGAUAAAGAAGAGACAACAAGACUGGAGGAGAUGUUCUGA